AUGUCUGAAGAAGCUACUAUGCCUAUGAAUGAUCUGAAAAUAAAAAUCGAGCCAUCCGAAUAUUCAGUAGAAGACAUUAAACUUGCAACUGAGAAGGAAUUUGAUGUCCUCGAUGGUAUUGUUAAUUUUGAAUCGUGUGAUGAAGCAUGUCUGGAAAGAUUCAUGAAUUCUGAUGUAGCGAUUGAAGAAGAAAUCAAACAGGAGUUAAUUGAGACACCCUCUUAUGAAAGUGAUGGUGAUGGUGAAAUACCUUUUGUAUGUAAUAUCUGUAAUAAAAUAUUUACCACAACUUAUCUAUUAGAUCAGCACAUUUGUGAUAAUACCAUAGAACAACCUUUGAACUUUAAAGAGUCUUAUAACCUAAAACAAAAUACGAUUGCUGAUUCUGAAAAGCGUCCUCAUACAUGUGUAAUAUGCGAUAAGUCAUUCAAAAGAUUGAGUGCUCUGCGAUUACAUAUGGGCAUACAUUCUUUAAAAUAUCAUAUGCGUUCUCAUACCGGAGAAUAUCCCUAUAAAUGUGUAUUAUGCGAUAAGAAAUUCACACGUUCAAGUGGUAUAAAAACUCAUAUGCGUAUCCAUACAGGAGAGCGACCUUAUAAAUGCAAAAUAUGCGAUAAGACAUUUGCAGUGUCAGGUGCAUUAAACAAGCAUAUGCGUAUUCAUACAGGAGAGCGUCCUUACAAAUGUGAAGAAUGUGACUAUGCCUUCAGACAAUGGGAUCAUUUAAAAAGUCAUAGGAAUACUCAUAAAAAAGAGUAUCCUUAUAAAUGUGAAAUUUGUGAUGAAAUUUAUUCUAGUAAAAAAGGGUUGGUUAAUCACAAACAUGUAAAUAACUGUAAAAAAUUGUUGUGA